AUGGGGAUUCUCUCUUGGUUUAAAGGCGGCAACAAACAAGCUUCUUCUUCUUCUUCGAACUCAACCUCAAAACCCGCCCCGAACCCGAAGCCCCAGAUUUCUUCCCAGGCUGGGCAGGAGGCCCCAGGCAUGAACGGAGCCAUCGAGGUUUCCAGACCCCUUGACAUCACCGUUUUCGAGUUCGGGUCGGUCGCCGCUUCCGUCGACAAGGUAACUCUCGCCGGCUACUGCCCGGUUUCCGAAGAGCUCGAGCCCUGCCGCUGGGAGAUUCUUCCGGCCAGUGGCUCCGAUGCCCCACAGUUUCGCGUCGUCUUUUGA